AAAACAAAAUGUUAAAAUCUGAGGUUCAGAAUCUUAAUGAUAAAAUUCAACAUCUGGAAAAUGAACAAAAUGAGGAAAACAAAAUGUUAAAAUCUGAGGUUCAGAAUCUUAAUGAUAAAAUUCAACAACUGGAAAAUGAACAAAAUGAAUGCGAAUUAACAAUUAAAAAAUUAGACGAUCUGAAUGAUCAUAUAGGCGUCCAAGAAGUAUCGUGUCAGAUGGAUUUGGAGUCAGAAAGGUUUGACUCCAUCGAAAAGGAUGUCACUAUUGACGAUAUGAAUAAAGAAGCUGAGGCUAAUCGUAAACUGUUGGAUCAAUGUCAAGAGAACAAUAUGAAUUUGCAAAAGACAGAAGAGGAGAAGAAAUCAGUCGAAGAGAAACUAAAUGAAUGUCAAUUCAAUAAUACGAAUUUAGUAAAAUUAAACGAUGAAAGCUUCAAAGAAUGUCAAAGUAAUCAACAAAUAAUAUUAGAAUCGUGUCAGAAUGAUUUGGAAUCGCAAAGAAAUGAGUCCACUUAUAAGAAUGUGACUAUUAAGGAACUGAAUAAAGUUGCUGAGCUUAAUCACAAUCUAUGGACCCAAUGCCAGAAGAAUAGCGAAGAAGUCCAAACUGAACUUGAUUCUUAUAAAAUAAAGGAUGCGUACAUCAAAAAUUUAGUCGAAUCAUGUAAAAAGCAAUUGGAAUCGCAAAAACUUGAGACCACCUAUAAAAAUGCGAUUAUUAACGAAUUAAAUAAAGUUUUGGAUGAGUGUAAAAAGAACAAUGCAGACCUCAACAAUCGGCUGAGCAUCAUUGAAAAAUGCAACAAACAAUGCCACGGAAAAAAUUUCUUUACAAAUGCAUGGUGUAAAGCGAAAUGUAAAUGGAAUUGUUAGCAGUUCUUACAAUAUCGAUGUUAUAGAUUUAAGUCAGCUGAUUCUUCUGUUUAAUUUCACUCAUUCUGAAUACACAUUUG